AUGAAGAGUUCAAAGAAAGUUCGAUCAAGCCGCGGUGGCUCGCCCCAAGUCUGUGGUCCGCUGGAUCAAACUAUUAGCAGUCCAGAGUUUCAGGUAUUGCCGAAACUUUGGGGUAAUCUCAAGAAAAAGCACCGUCUAAGUGGCCACAACAUCGAAAAAACACCUAGAGACGGUUGUUCGGCGUCUGAAUCGAAUUUGCCCAGCAAACGCGACGAACAACUUCAUCUAGAAGAACAAGCUGGCCAGGGUGACGACAAAGCUUCUGACGGAUCGACCACCAUGCGAGAGCCAUCCAGCCCCGAAAAAGAGAAUAUGACGCGCGAUAACGCACACGCGCGCCAACGGUCUCAGGGGCUGUGGAAGAAUGAUAGGGAGGGAAAAACCUAUCCCAGAAGCGUUGCGUCUAAAAGCCACGAGCGCUUUUGUUUAAUGAUCGAAUAUAAGAAUAUAUGAAAACAAAUUGCAGGUUCUCCGUCUGUCAUGGACUUGGACGAUCCACUAACAAGACAAAUACGCGACAUACACAAUAAUACUCGUAAAAGUGCGAGGAUUAUACGCGACUCGAGGGCGCGACUGCUUCAAAUACAAAAGAAAUCAACGCUAACAGAAGCCGAAGUGAAAGAGCUAGGUGAACGAAAUGAACUGCUGCUCAGAGAAAUGGAGAGGUUCGAUCGUCUCACGAGGAACAUACAGAAGCUGGUUGGCGCUGAGGUCGUACAGAUGCGAAAAACAAAGGAGGACAGCCCGCCCUCGGACCAAAUACCCAUGAGCGUAUAUGAGCCAGCGGUGUACCAUGAAAUGAAAAUGAAUCAUCCAACGGUCGUCUUGGGGACUGGUAAUCCGUUCGGCAUAGAAAAACCGACUCGAAGCAAAUCUGAAAUCGAUCUGACACGGAAAUUGAGUGAAAGUUAUGAUAUGCAAGAGAAACUCGUCGCUGAUAACGCGGACUUAGAGGUGAAAAGAUAUAUAUUGUACAAAGAGUUGAUGACCAAAGAUCAACAUUUAGAAAAUUGUCGGGCGCAAAUAAAAAGCUUGCAAGGGGAAUUGAAAUUAUUAUACAAUGAAAAUACUACAUUGCAGGAAAAACUCACUAAAAACAACCCUCAGGGCGAUGCAACGGCGAUGAGCCAAGAUAACCAGGAUUCACAGAAAUUGGACGCCAGUACUAAAGACGAAGAAACCGUUUGCGUUAAAAAUCCUCAGGAGCUUAUAUCACAACUUGAACAUUACAAAACCUACACAGCUGACAUUGAUAAAGAAGUUGGCGAAUUGGAGUACGAGGUGCGAAACCUUCGCAUAGAGAUGGACAGCGUGAAGGCAGGGAGCGCGUGCCGCGGCGGCGGCGGCGCAAACACGUGCUUCGAACAACCGCCCGGAGGCCCACCAGUUCCACCGAUGACAAGAGCUUGUGGAGUAUGCCCUCCUUGCCCGGCACCAUGCAAUCCAAACCACCCACCCACGCCUGCCGAGAAGGAAGUGCAAAAGUUGACCAUCCAACUUCGACAGACGGAAGAAAACUUUAAAACUAAAGUGACGGAGUGUGCAAUGCUCAGAGCGGAAUUGCUGAAGAAGAAAGACGAGCUAGAGAAGGAAAGAUGCCAACACCGCGAAGUGCAGAACAGAUUGAGGGAAUUGGAAAUGAAGUUCGAAGGAUUAACAACGCACACGAACAUGAUGAUGGGAACAAAAGAACAGGCGUUCGAACAAGAGGUCAAUGUGAGGGCUCUGAAGCAGUGCUACAGAGAGGCAAGGGAGGAAAUUGACGAAUUAAGGUUGUUAAUGAAGGAACAGAAUGAUCAGCUACAAGAUUAUAGGGUUAAGUACCUCCAAGCGCAACAAUUGGUGGAGGAACAACGCCGUCAAAUGGAUAUGAUGGAUAUGGACAACUCUAGAAUCAGCGAACAGAUCAAUCUGGAAAUACAGAAAGUGAAGCUGAAGUUCCAAGAAAAGUUGCAAGAGUUAGCUCCGAUACCAGACCUUCUGAAGGCGACUCAGAUGAAACUGAAGGACGCACAGCAAUCGCAGGCGAUAGCUGAGCACAAUGCGGAACAGUUGGCUAGGGAGUUGAAUUCAGCGCGGGAGAAGGUCCACGUGCUCUUGCAUAAUAGCUUGAAACCGCCUGAAAAGCCUCCUGAGAGGGGAGGAGACGAGAAGCAGAUGGCGCUGUUGCAGCAGAGGAUUUCUCAACUGACGGAGAACAAUAUGACGCUCAAGAGUGAAAUCGAACGACUUAAAUCGAACGUGAUACGCAUGGAGGAGUGCGUGCUGGCGAACGAGAAGCGGCUGCAGGAGAAGAUGCACGAGUGCGCGCAGCUCGGCGGCGAGCUGGACCGCGCGCGCGACGAGGCGGCGCGCGCGCUGCAGCGGGCCAACGAGCGCACCGACACUAUACGCAAGUGUAUGCAAACGACCGUGGCUGAGCUGGAGAGGCAGCUGGCUUCGACUCGGGCGCAAGUUAAGAAUGCCGAAAAGGAUAGGGAAGAGGUGCAAAGCCGCAUGCAGUGCCAGAUAAAGCGUCUCAACGAGAACUUCGAGCAGGCGCAACUGCGCAUCCUCGGGCUGCAGACGCAGGUGCAGACGCUGCGCCGCACCGCCUCGAGCACCGGUGAUGGUGAUGGCGAUGGUGAUGGUGAUGACCAGCAGGAGUGCGCGUGCAAGUCGUUCUUUGAUAACCCGUGAGGUGGGCUGCACUUAUGGCAGACGCGGCUUCUAGACGUGCGUGAAAUGUGAUUAAUAAUUUUCAUAAUGUGUGUCAAAUAGCGUAGAGAAAAAUUGGUUGUGAUAGUUUCGAUUAAUUUUAUCGUAUAUAUUAUAAUGUUAAUGGAAUAUUUGAUAAUAAUUCGGCAUUUGGAUAGUUGCUUUUAUGUACAAUAUAUAUAUAGAUUGUGUUCUAAUUUUCCAUAAUGAAA